AUGUUCUUGUGUCCCACUUCGGCCAUUCCUGAUGAACUGGCCACCCAAGUGUGCAAAAACACUACAAAUUUCAGUUUCUGCAAGGCUGCAGUUUACUCCGAUCCACGGGCCCCGAAAGCCGAUCGAUAUCUUCUUUCGUAUAUAGUAUUCGGGCUGGCAUAUAAAAAUGCAACAAAUACCCGUGAUUACAUUGACAUUUCACUUAAGAACAUGGAAGGGCACGCCAAGCCUGAGAUUAUGGAGGCUAUGAAGAAAUGCCAGGGAGAUUAUAAGGAAGCUCUUCAGGCAAUUUCUGAAGCAACAAGUGAUUUGGAUUCAGAAACUUUCGAUGGAUUGGAUAAACUGGCGAUUGAUGUUGACAAUUUGGCACGCGAUUGCGAAGCUGGUUUCAAUGGAAAAUCUCUAAUAUCAGAGAAGAAUCAAGACCUGAUAAAGCUUUCGAACAUCUGCUAUGUAGUCUCUAAACUUUAUACGAUUUCUGAAUGA